GUUGUGACAGUAAUUAAAUAUUUGAUAAUGAUCAUUUUUGAUUAGCGUUCGAACAACCGGCCCUAAAAAACAAAGGAACAGACCUAUUAUGUGACACAUGACAGAAGCUCGAAACAAAUGACAAUCGAUGAAAAGCCCUAUGUUCAGACCGUUCAGACUGAAAACGUGAAAGUGAAAAUUUCAGUUUAUUAUUAUUAUUAUUGUUGGUCGUUAAGUAAGUUUAUCCAUCCAACGUUUACUUCGCUUAAUAGGCCUUUAUCGAUAUUAUUAAAUAGAAGUAGUUAAUUUACACUUCUCAACGUAAUUCAAAUCAGAAUGGCAAUUGCCACCAAUGUGGUUUUUAAAAUUCCCCAAGAGCCAUGCCCCUUAACUACCUUAGAAUCGGACGAAGAAUCUUUCGUUGUUUUGGGUCAGUCUAUUCCAGAUGCUAGCACUGAACUGUAUCCAGAACCGAUUGGAUUGUCCGUCAUAGCAGAAGCAAAAAGAUUAAUAAAUUUUGAGCUCGAAGCUAUCGACCAGGCGAAAAAUAAUGACGAAAAAAAGGGGUGUCUGGAAUCCAAUAAAGAUGUUUUUAAACUAAGUUCGUCUACAAUGGAUACAUCCGAAAAUUUUCCUAUGAUGGCAAAUAUAAACCGGGGUGUUGAAUUAUCUAGUGUUAUAAGUAUUGCUUCUUUUACACCUGACAUGUCAUCCGAAGAAGUUCAGAAAAAAAUUGCUCAUAUCAUAGACGAAAAUAUACGUCUGAAGGACACCGUACUGCAAAACAACCUGAGCUUGAAAUCUCAAUAUGAACGCAUCGUUGCUUGGCAAGAAGAUGUUCAAAAAGUUCAUCAAGCACACAAAGAUAAACUAUUAGAAGCUAAAGCGUUUAUUGAAACUUUAAAAAGAGAAAAGGACAGUUUGAAACGCGAAUUGACGAAAGAUAUUGAAUUCGGUGAUAGCCAAGCAUCUCAAAUUGAAGAAUUGAAGAAACGAUUAGAUGAAAAGGAUAAACAAAGAUAUGAUUACAGCAUCAAAGAAUCUCAGCUAAAAGAUCAAGAAAAGAAAAUUUCUAACCUGCAACUUCAGUUAAAUAAUAUGUCUAUUGAGAAAAAACAAGUUGAAGAACAAAAAAAUAUUGUUUGUAAAUUGCAAGCUCAUCUAAAUGACAUUAUUGAAGAACGCAACAGUGGCAAUAAACAAAUAGAGGAAUUACGUGCAGAGAUAUCUAUCAAAAGUCAGCGUGAAGAAUCUCUUCACAUGACUAUAACUUCCCUAAAAUCACAAAUGGAAGCUUCAGCAGAAGAAGUUAAUACACUCCGGACACAGUUAGGUGAGACCCAAAAUGCUUUAACUAGGAUGGAAGCGACAAGGAGUCGUGCGUAUUCACAAAUUCGUGAGUUGACAGAUGAAUUAUCUGAAGUUAGAAGUCAAUUAGAGUCGUUACAAUCACAAACUCAAGAAAGAUCCAGAGAUAGUGAAUUGGAUCACGAGGAGAUGAGUGUUCUAAAAAUGCAGAUGGAUGUAUAUAAAACAGAUUUCGAGGAAGAAAGGCGCGCUAGAGAGGUUAUGAAAGGCGAAAAAGAUCGACUUGAAGAAGACCUCCAAAACAUACAACGACGUAACCAACAGCUUCAAGAAGAAAUAGAGUUGCUCAGAAGAGAAGGGAAUAACUUUGUAAUCCCACCACGUACUUCUCCUCCAAGAGUAGAACAGAUUCGUCAACCGUCAGCUCCUUCUCCAUCAAGAAACGAAUUAUUAAGGUGUCCCAAGUGCAAUUUUGCUUUCAAUGAUCUUGUCCAUCUCGAAACGCACGUUUACCGAUGUUUGGAUAUGGAGCUUUCUUAAAUUAUAUGUAUACAGUAUAUGUUAUAUAUACAGGGUGCGCCAAACCUCUGGUUUUCUUUAAUUAGGGUUAAACUAUGAGACAUACAAAAAAAUGUUUAUAAAAGAAGUCAGAUUAAAUAAAUUAUUAAAAGACGUUUUUACUAAGCAACAACAUUUUUGUUUAAUUUAUUAAUAUUUUUUUGUAUUUUUACAACGGCAUCCGAUUUGGACGUCGAAACGUUAAUAAAAUCAUUUUUUUAGUAAAA